AUGGAGAAGACCCGGGGCGUCGAGGAAGCUCCAUCUUCAGAACCUAUGGAGGAGGAAGAGGAAGAGGAGGACGAUUUGGAGCUCUUUGGUGGCUAUGACAGUUUCCGGAGCUAUAACAGCAGUGCGGGCAGCGAGAGCAGCUCCUAUCUGGAGGAGUCAAGUGAAGCAGAAAAUGAGGAUCGGGAAGCAGGGGAGCUGCCCACCUCUCCCCUGCAUUUGCUCAGCCCUGGGACUCCCCGCUCCUUGGAUGGCAGUGGUUCUGAGCCAGCUGUCUGUGAGAUGUGUGGUAUCGUGGGUACAAGGGAAGCCUUCUUCUCCAAGACUAAGAGAUUCUGCAGCGUCUCCUGUUCUAGGAGCUACUCCUCCAACUCCAAGAAAGCCAGUAUCUUGGCCAGAUUACAGGGAAAACCACCUACCAAGAAAGCCAAAGUCCUCCACAAGGCGGCCUGGUCUGCCAAAAUUGGAGCCUUCCUCCACUCCCAAGGGACAGGACAGCUGGCAGAUGGGACGCCAACUGGGCAAGAUGCGCUGGUCUUGGGUUUCGACUGGGGGAAGUUCCUGAAGGAUCACAGUUACAAAGCUGCUCCUGUCAGCUGUUUUAAGCAUGUCCCACUGUAUGACCAGUGGGAGGACGUGAUGAAGGGGAUGAAGGUGGAGGUGCUCAAUAGCGACGCUGUGCUCCCCAGCCGGGUGUACUGGAUUGCCUCUGUCAUUCAGGCCGCAGGGUACCGGGUGCUGCUCCGGUAUGAGGGCUUUGAGAAUGACGCCAGCCAUGACUUCUGGUGCAACCUGGGAACGGUGGAUGUCCACCCCAUUGGCUGGUGUGCCAUCAACAGCAAGAUCCUGGUGCCCCCGCGGACCAUCCAUGCCAAGUUCACCGACUGGAAGGGGUACCUCAUGAAACGGUUGGUGGGCUCCAGGACGCUUCCUGUGGAUUUCCAUAUCAAGAUGGUGGAGAGCAUGAAGUACCCUUUUCGGCAAGGCAUGCGGCUGGAGGUGGUGGACAAGGCCCAGGUGUCACGGACCCGCAUGGCCGUUGUGGACACAGUAAUUGGGGGUCGCCUUCGGCUCCUCUAUGAGGAUGGCGACAGCGAUGACGACUUCUGGUGCCACAUGUGGAGCCCCCUGAUCCACCCAGUGGGUUGGUCACGGCGCGUUGGCCAUGGCAUCAAGCUUUCAGAGAGGCGCAGUGACAUGGCCCACCAUCCCACCUUCCGGAAAAUCUACUGUGAUGCUGUUCCUUACCUGUUCAAGAAGGUUCGAGCUGUCUACACGGAAGGUGGUUGGUUUGAGGAAGGGAUGAAACUGGAAGCCAUUGACCCCCUGAAUCUGGGCAACAUCUGCGUGGCAACCAUCUGCAAGGUUCUCCUGGACGGCUACCUCAUGAUCUGUGUGGACGGGGGACCUUCCACAGAUGGCUCAGACUGGUUCUGUUACCAUGCCUCCUCCCACGCUAUCUUCCCAGCUACCUUCUGCCAAAAGAAUGACAUUGAGCUCACACCACCUAAAGGCUACGAAUCACACACUUUCAGCUGGGACACCUACUUGGAGAAGACCAAGUCAAAAGCAGCUCCAUCAAGACUCUUUAACAUGGACUGCCCCAACCACGGCUUCAAGGUGGGCAUGAAGCUGGAGGCCGUGGACCUGAUGGAACCCCGGCUCAUCUGCGUGGCCACGGUGAAGCGGGUGGUGCAUAGGCUCCUCAGCAUCCACUUUGACGGCUGGGACAGCGAAUACGACCAGUGGGUGGACUGUGAGUCUCCGGACAUCUACCCCGUCGGCUGGUGUGAGCUCACCGGCUACCAGCUCCAGCCACCAGUGGCCGCAGAGCCGACCACACCUCUGAAGGCCAAAGAGGCCACGAAGAAGAAAAAGAAACAGUUUGGGAAGAAAAGGAAAAGAAUACCACCGAGCAAGACCCGGCCCCUCAGACAGGGGUCCAAGAAGCCCCUGCUGGAGGACGACCUGCAGGCCGCCGAGAAGAUCUCAUCGGAGCCUGUUCCUGAAGAGAUCAUUGCUGUGCGUGUGAAGGAAGAGCAUCUAGACAUGGCCACACCUGACAAAGCCCCGAGUCCAGAGCUGCCUGUUCCCAUCGAGAACAUCAAACAGGAGACAGACGACUGA